AUGUCGAAAAAGCAAGAGAACUUAACACACGAGGAGGUGUGGGAUGACUCUGCCCUCAUUAAUUCAUGGAAUGAAGCAUUACAGGAGUACAAGAAAUAUCACAGCAUACACGCAAAGGGCGGAAGUGUACGAGACCUCGAGCUUCAGAAUAAGGCCGAGAUAGAGGCAGAGCCCGAGUCUGAACAACCUCAAGUAACGGAAACAGAGGAGAGUGUUUUGGCUUCAGAAAAGGCGGAGGAAAAUAAGAUCUCUCCGUCACGGAACGAAGCCAAGGAAUCUACACCGUCGCAAUCUCAAGGUGUCCCUGCUUUUCCGAUACAGACUGUCCUGGGUUCUGGCAAGUCCCCUGUUGCCUCUGUCCACUUCUCAAGAAACUCCUCAUGUCUUGGUAUUAUGCUGGCUACUACACAGGGUUGUAUGAAGGUGAACAACAAGCUCAGCAGAAGCACGCGUCUUAAGCGAAGAAACAACAGUAUAAGCAUAUUACCCUUGAAACACGGAAGGGCGGUAGCCAUCAACCAACGUGGCUGUGAGCGCCAUGAGUUUGGACAUGGGUUCUCGGUCGACCAGUUGCCGUUGAUGCGACGACCCAAGGUUGAGAUUGCCGUUUGCUCGGGACAAUUUGGAAGCUUAAACGGCUUGAUAUUGCCCAGUACCUCGUCAAUAGCAGCAAGCUUCCAGUUCUGGUAUAGCAAUAGGCUCAAGCGGUCGUAG